AUGGUGUUAACAACGUACACGGGUACAACCACCCUGUACUCGACAACCACGUAUUUUAAUAUUUUAAUACUUGGUCAGCAAACAGAUACCUAUACGUUUGUUCCUAGAGCUACUUCCACUUGGCCUACAACUACGGGUACAUUCACUAAUUCAGGGACUCUCACAAGAACAAAGCAAGGUAUACUUGAUCUUGGAGGAAAUUCCAAUAUAGUUACAGUGAUCCCCUAUGUCCCAUAUUCCCAAACAACAAAGAACACAAUAACCUAUACUGGUAAAGCAUUCACCACUACAAUUACGGGGGCUGAUGGUACCAUUACUUAUCAAGCGUAUGUUCCUUACUCCACGUUAACCACCACCGUCACCGGAAAUGAUAGAGGUACAACAACAACUGUUACGGGUGCUGAUGGUACCAUUACUGUCUCUGCUAAUGUACCAUACUCAACAGUAUCUACAACUUUGUACAGCGGAGUCACGACUGGGAAAACUGCCACUAUCACAGGUAAUGACGGUACUGUUACUGUAACUGCUCAGGUCCCCAUAACUACCACAACCGUUACAACUACCGGAAGUGUGUCUAGCAGAGUAACUGCAACCACUUCAGGACUGACGGGUGUUGUUACUGUACUUGUAGGUGUACCUUAUUCAACACUCUACCUUACUUUAUACUAUGGGCUUAUUGGGUUUUCGGUUACUGUGCUGCAAACAGGUGAUUCAGGUACGGUUACAGCAUUUGCAUUGGAACCCAUUUUUGGAGGUGCACUUAAUACGAUUACAACAGAUGUUACAGUUACCACAACUACGGUUUAUGAUUUCUUCCUUGAUAUUUUUGGUUGGAUUGCUCAAACUUAUGUUGCUGUUCCAUAUUCUACCAUCACUGCAGCCACAGUUACAACAGCUGUCCCAGCUACCACUCAAACAGCUAUUGAUACUGGUGUUGAUGGUACUGUGACAGUUUGGGUUGAAAUUCCUUAUAGUACAACAAAGACAACCGUAACACGUGAUCAACCAGCAGCCACUGAUUAUGCCACAGGUGUAGAUGGUACUGUAACUGUGGUAGUUGUCGUUCCAGAAUAUACUUACUCCACAUCUUAUAUUUCAGGACUGGAGACAAUUACAGUAACGACAGUUGAUGGGAAUGGUAACCCUACCACUUAUGUUGAAAUCCCCACGCCAACUCCAUCUUCAACCUCGACAUGGAGUUCUACUUAUACCACAACGACAGUUACAACAGUUGAGGGAACUAAAACAGUUGUUGCUGUGAUACCUACUCCAUUUUCGACCUCAUAUGUUUCUGAAGUUGGAACAUAUACUGUUUCGGGUCUUGAUGCAAAUGGCUUUCUUACUACUUGGGUUGAAGUUCCUACCCCAAUACCAUCUUCGACAUCAACAUGGCCAGAAUCUUAUUCAACCACGUCGCAAUUGACUAUCGAUGGAACAGAGACAUUUAUUGCGUAUAUUCCAACACCCACUUAUUCAACAUCGUACUAUCCAGGACAAUUGUCAACCACUUUUACACACCUCAGAAUGGUCUGA